AUGUAAAAAUAUCUUCGAUGCCAUCAUCAUCAUCUCCGACUUGACUACCUCUCUUCGCGACGGCAAGCAACCACUGAAUUAAACCAUCAACUCUCUCUCUCUCUCUGCUCAGCUCCUCCUUCACUCUCCCAUGCCAACUCUCAUCCUCUGAAUCAGGUUUUGAAUUAGGGAUUUGAAAAAGUUAUGGACGGUAACAAAGACGACGCGGCGAGGUGUGUAAGGAUCGCCGAGGAAGCCAUCGCUUCUGGUGAUAAGGAACGCGCAUUGAGAUUCAUCAAGAUGGCGAAACGGCUUAAUCCAAGCCUUUCCACCGAUGAACUCGCCGCUGCUUGUGAGAAUCUGGAUUCGGUUUCGGAGAAUCCGUCUCUUAGUGAUGAAAACCACAAAGCUGUUGAUGGUGAUAAGCUUGAGCCUAAGACUCACGAGAAUAAGAAGAAGGUAUACACUGAGGAGAAUGUUGAGCUGGUUAGGAGUAUCAAAAGGAACAACGAUUACUAUACGAUUCUAGGUUUAGAGAAGAGCUGUUCCGUUGAAGAGAUCAGAAAAGCUUAUAGGAAGCUGUCACUGAAAGUUCACCCUGAUAAGAACAAGGCACCAGGCUCAGAGGAAGCGUUCAAGAAAGUUUCGAAAGCGUUCACGUGUUUGAGUGAUGGUAACUCGAGGAGCCAGUAUGAUCAGGUGGGGUUUGUUGAUGAGUUUGAUCACAUCCAGAGGCAAAGUAACCGUAGUAGGCCGAGGAGAAGGAGGUAUAACACUACGCGGAGUGAUUUCUUUGAGGAUGAGUUUGAUCCUGACGAGAUAUUCAGGGCGUUCUUUGGUCAGCAGCGAGACGCGUUCGGUGCUGCUACACGUGCUUAUAGAACUAGACAAGCGCGUAACCCACCACGAGAGGAGGAGGUUAAUUUUGCUGGACCGACUUGUUUGACGAUUGUUCAGAUACUGCCGUUCUUGCUGCUUUUGCUGCUGGCUUAUCUGCCGUUUUCUGAGCCUGACUAUUCUCUGCACAAGAGCCAGACUUAUCAGGUGCCGAAGACGACAGAGAAUAUGGAGAUUAGCUUUUAUGUUCGGUCGUCAGCAGCCUUUGAUGAGAAGUAUCCGCUUGGUAGCUCUGCUCGUGCUAACCUUGACGCCAGCGUGAUCAAAGAGUACAGAAGCUUUCUUUUCCAGUCGUGUCGUAUUGAGAUCCAAAGACGGCGGUGGAACAAGAAGAUGCCAACUCCUCACUGCAAUGAACUUCACGAACGCGGGUUUGUUGAUAGGCAAAUACCGAUAUGAAAUCAGCUCAGGACUGUCCAAAAUAUAACGAAGACUCCCAGAUUUUGAUGUUCCAGAAGUUCUUAGUGCUGAAGGUGUAAACUGUAGUGUGCCAUGUGUGUAGGGAGGAUAACUAUAAUCUCUUUUUUUUCUCUUGUAUAUGGAUUUGGGGAUAAUAAUUCGUAGGAGAAUAUUGAGAACAACAAUGAAGAACGUCCUUACAAAAGAGGUACCACUUGCUAUACUCAUAUUAUGAUUCAAAAAAAAAAGACUCCAAUAGUUCACUCUAGAAGAUGCAGCAAAUAAUAGUUCUAUUCAUUUCUAAUAUGGGUAACAGCGCUUUGAUAUGUUUCAGUCAGAUCAAAGCUCUAUUGAUGAGUUCACCAGUAAAAUGUUUGGUUUGAGAAUCUAUAUAUUGUGCCAAUGAUUCAAAUACUAUUGUUGCUGCUACUGCUAGAUUAUGAAACAUUAGGGACAUGUGAAGAGUUACAUAAGAAAUUUCAAUGGCUGAAAGGGUGAAAAUGAGACCAAACAACAUUCCAAAACCUUUGAAAAGUGGUUUCAUUGAGAAUGAAUUGAACAACUUACUUU